CAAAAGCGUUCCUCAUUUCCUUAACAACAAAUAAGUCAUCACUCGGAAACCCAGUUUUAUCUUUCACAACGCAAAUGGCUCGUACCAAGCAAACCGCUAGAAAAUCCACGGGAGGCAAGGCACCGAGGAAGCAAUUGGCCACAAAAGCGGCGCGGAAAUCAGCUCCGGCUACUGGUGGAGUGAAGAAGCCGCACAGAUUCAGGCCAGGAACUGUGGCCUUGCGUGAAAUCCGAAAGUACCAGAAGAGCACUGAACUUUUAAUCAGGAAACUCCCAUUUCAAAGGCUGGUAAGAGAAAUCGCCCAAGAUUUCAAAACAGAUCUGAGGUUCCAAAGUAGCGCUGUGGCCGCUCUCCAGGAGGCCGCGGAAGCUUACUUGGUUGGGCUUUUUGAAGACACCAAUCUGUGUGCUAUUCACGCUAAAAGGGUUACUAUAAUGCCUAAGGACAUCCAAUUGGCUCGUCGUAUUAGGGGCGAGAGAGCUUAGUGGCUUUUAUGAUCUAUUGUAUUAUUUAGAUUUCCAUGGGUUUUAAUAUUGAAAAUGCGGAGGUUAAUGUCCUUUCUUAACCUUAAUGUAAUACAAACAAUUUCUUAGACAUAAUAAAGCUUCUGUGGCACUUACAUUUACAAUAAA